AUGAAUCUAUGGAAUUUACCAAACAGCGAAAAAGAUGCUCUCGAAUUUUUUCAAGAAAAGGGUUUACUUCCAACACACCGUGAUUGCAAAAACGGUCAUAAAAAAAAACUGUACAUCGGAAAAAAUGAAAUUUUUUGGAAAUGCAACGUCAAAACGUGUCAGCAUAAAACCAAUAUGCGUAUGGGUAAUUGGUUUGAAAAUAGUCGUCUGCCUUUUUUAACCAUACUCCGGUUUAUAUAUUGUUGGGGUGCAGAAUUAACCUCCGUUAAUUUUUGUGAAAGACAUUUGGAAAUGAAUCAUUGUACGGUAGUUGAUUGGAAUAAUUACAUGCGUGAGGUGUGCACUAUAACAAUUAGUCGAAAUCAACAAACACGAAUCGGAGGUACGGGAAAAAUUGUUGAAAUCGACGAAAGUAUGUUUUCAAAAAGAAAGAAUAAUGCUGGAAGAAUAUUACCACAACAGUGGAUAUUUGGAGGAAUUUGUCGCGAAACCAAAGAGUCAUUUCUAAUCCAAGUUCCUAAUCGCACCAAGGAAACACUUUCAACCGCGAUAAAACAAUAUAUAAAGGUAGGUACAACCAUAUAUUCUGACUGUUGGCGUGGAUAUGAUACAGACGAAUUAACCAGAGCUGGAUACACGCAUGGUACAGUCAAUCAUACUAAUAACUUUGUAGACCCAGUUACUGGGAUCCAUACUCAGAAUAUUGAACGUCUUUGGGGCUCCGCUAAAUGGAGAAAUAAAAAACAUAGGGGAACCAGACGCCAUCAUUUGGAUUCUUAUCUGGCGGAGUUUAUCUGGAGACAAAACAUUGGAGGACAAGGAGAACCAUUCGAAUACAUAUUAAAUUACAUAUUCUUUUUGUCUUAUAUUAUAAUACAUUUAAGACUUUUGCAACUGUAA